GACUCUUCCUGCAGCUCAAACAAACCAGCGCUUUCGCCGCGCUUCUGCCGCGACUAGUUAACAACAGCAGCAGGCGGCACAUUAGACACAGAGGCAUUCGUCUCUGCCCAUCCCUUCGCCACUCCGUGCCCACUCCUCCCUUCGCCAGGGUCCGCCCCUUCUCACAUUCAAGGAGUUGAGCUGCUCGGUCAGAUCGGUCUCCCUGGCUCGCAGGGCUGGGGAGAUGCUGCUGCUUCCAGGACAGCGCAGGACUGAAUCGCAGUCGGACGCAGUGGUGCGACACGGGGAACGAGGAACCCCAAUCUAACAUGCCUUAAAGAGUGAUUGUGCACUGCCUACUGUCUGUGGAUAGUGAUAAUAAUAAGCCUUGAAGAAAGUACCUAGUGCCCCAUGCGCUCUGCCAGCUGGAUUACCAAGUGACUGUGUGGAGAGUGAUAUGGCUGACUCUAACUCUAACUCUAACUCCGUGAUGCUCCAAAGGGGGAAACCAGCCGCUGGGAUUGUGCCCCCAGUACCCGCCUGGCACCUGCUCUUUGCCCUCCUGUUGCUGCUGAUGUGGGAAGCCACAGAGAGUCGAGUGACAAUGGACAGCAUUCAGCGGUUUUCAUCCCUCCCUGUGUAUCUGCCUGUGAACUAUAAUGUUUGCAAUGCUGAGGUUUCCUUCUUCCUUAAAGAGGUCAAUCAGGACCUUACAAAGAAUUCUAGUUUGCAGACCCGGACAGAACCACUUUUUAUCUACAAAGCCAAGAUACCACCUGUAAUAAAUGCCACAUAUGGACCUUAUUCAGCUGAACAGACAGUGCCAAAACAUUUGAUGAUGACCGCAAGUACUUUCAGUUCAACCAAUAAGUUUACAUUCAACUGGCAAAUAAAAUCUCAUAUUAUAGAAAGUUCAAUAAAUUCUAACAAACCCAAAAUACAAACUUUGUUUUAUAUAACAGGGAAAGAUUGGAAUGAUUACAACCCAUCAGAGAUUUUACCAUGUGUAAGGCUGGUGGCACUUCUAGAAAACAGAGAAAUGUCAUCAAGCUGUAGACUCAAAGGGAGUUUAGGAUUGUGUGUGGCAGAACUGGAGUUGUUACCAAGCUGGCUCGGUACAUCUUCUGCAGAAGAUCAAAAGGAUUCCGUUCCAUCACAAGGAGUACCUGUGGAAUUGCAUCACAUUAUCUACUCCACUGGAGAGGAUGAAGAGUGCUUAUCACCAGAAACAAAGUGGACCAACAACAUUCAGUCUGAGACAGACUCUACUCAAAAAGUGUCCCCACAAAUGGAGAGAAUUGGUAGUGUUGUUAUUUAUCCUUCCCAAAACACCUUGAGGAUGUCAGUGCUGCGAUUAGAUACCAAUAUUCAGAUUCGUUUUCCACCAAGUCCAGUGAAAGUAGGGGACACUGUGACAUUCUCCGUAUACCUAGUGGGAGCCUCACCCACACAUCAGCUCACAUUAAGGGUUAAGGCAGCACUUGGUGCUAAAGUCCUGUCUGUGAGAGUGACUGAUACAGAACAGUGGAAGGUACAGAGCCAGAUGGAAAAUGGAGAUAAAUACACCACUGCCACUCUCGUCUGUGUACGGCACGGUCCUGUUGUCCAGAGCAGCACCAAUGAAUCUCUGUAUGAAAUUCUACAAAUGGACUUUGAAAUGGGCCUCAGUAGUGGUCUGGCUGGGGCCCAGCAGAUCACGUGGCAAGUGGAAUAUCCAGAAGAAGACUCGGUCAGUGAGCUGGUGAUCUCUGAAAUCUUUGUCAGCCAGACUUCAUUUGCUGGGAUUGUCCCUCUUGCCAUGGACACAGAACUUUUAAAUACAGCCAUUCUGACAGGAAGGGCAGUGUCGAUCCCUGUGAAGGUGGUGGCUGUGCAGCAGGAUGGUUCUGUGAUUGAUGUAUCUGACUUCACCGAGUGCAAGUCAGCAGAUGAAGAUGUCAUAAAGGUUUCUGACAGAUGUGAUUCAAUCUUUGUUAAUGGAAAGGAAAUGAAGAGUAAAGUGCACACCAUUGUUAAUUUCACUUACCAGCACUGUACCACUGAGUUAGAGGUAACUGUCUGGGCUCCACGCCUUCCCCUGCAGAUAGAAAUAUCAGACACUGAGCUCAGCCAGAUCAAGGGUUGGAGGAUCCCAGCUAAUAUGAAUAAAAGACCAACCAGAGACAGUGAAGAUGAAGAGGAUGAUGAGAAGAAGGGGCGAGGAUGUUCCCUGCAAUACCAGCAUGCAUUAGUACGAGUCUUUACACAGUUUGUAGCUGAAUCUUCUGAGGCUGGGCAGCUGACUUACAUGCUGGGUCCUGAUUGGCAGAUGGAUAUUACUGACCUUGUGAGUGACUUCAUGAAGGUGGAAGAACCUAGGAUAGCUACAUUAGAAGCUGGGAAGGUCCUUGUUGGACGUGAUCAAGGAAUAACCACUGUACAGGUCCUCUCACCCCUGUCUGAUUCAAUCUUGGCUGAGAAAACGGUCACAGUUCUGGAUGAUCGGGUAGGCAUUGUGGAGCUGGGAGUGCAGAUCAUCACAGGACUUUCCUUGUCUGUGCAAGCAAACAGAUUCAACAAGAGAGCCAUCUUAACAACCACAUCAGCUAGUGAUAUCCUGCAUGACUAUAAACAGGAAGCUGUUCUCAGUGUGUGGACACUGUUUAGCGAUGGCUCAGUAACACCACUGGACAUUUACGAAAGCAAAGAUUUUUCUAUCGUAGUGUCUUCACUGGAUGAGAUGGUUGUAUCCACCUAUCAAAAUCCUCUGUCCAACUGGCCAGUUGUGGUUGCAGAAGGAGAAGGCCAGGGCCCGAUCAUAAAAUUAGAGUUGGGAAUAAGUGAGAUCUGCCAAAAGUCUAAACGAAAGAGUAACCUUGCUGUUGGAAGUGGAACAGUCAAAGUUAAAUUUGGCCAAAAGGAUUCUGAUCAAAAAGCAAAUAUUAAUGAAAUUCAUACUGCAGAUGCUGAUUUUAAAAAACAGACCAGUAAAACAACUGAAAAAGUUUCAGAACAAGACAGAACUGCAAAUGAAUGGCCCAAACAUGUAGGCAAUGUUGAAGAUAAUAAUAACAAAAAUGUGAUCUCUGAUUCACCUGCAGACUACCACAAGAUCUAUUAUGAUGGUUAUAUACAAAUUGUUCCGGUCACUUACACCAUUUUCCCUACCCGAAUAGUAUCCUCAGAACACAAUCGGGAGAGUGAACUCACACAAGCAUCCAGGGGGCUGACGGACUUAGAAAUUGGCAUGUAUGCCCUUCUUUGUGUCUUUUGCCUUGCGAUUUUAGUCUUCUUAAUUAAUUGUGUGGCAUUUGCAUGGAAAUAUAGAAACAAAAGGUUCCCUGUAACUGAUCAAGCCAAUAUCCCACACUCUCAUGACUGGGUAUGGCUUGGAAAUGAGGUAGACCUACUGGAGAACCCAGCAGAUACUCCUCUUCCAGCAGAUGAAUGUACAACAAUGAUUGACAGGAGGCCGCAGUUUGAAGAAAGCAAUUUCCUUCUCAAUGGUGGUUCCCAAAAGAACCCAUAUAGCCAAAUUCUUCAGCCAUCAGAUUACAAUUAUGAAAAAGAUGCCCACACUGAACCAUUAAAUCCAGGGGGGACAAAAAGGAAACGAGUAAAGUUUACCUCUUUCACUACAGUUUUACCAGAAGAAGGGGGUCCCUACACCAAUGCAGUCAUUUUUGGAAAUGACGAAAACAUCAAGUGGGUUUGCAAAGAUAUGAAACUUGGAGAUUCACAACAGCUUAAAGACUAUAUGGAUAGCCUCCAGGACAAUUUGUAAAAUAAUUUCCUGUGUUUAUAUUCACCUUUAUGCCUUCUGUUUCUUUCUGUUUUUCUUUCCUUUUUUAAGGGUGGCAUUGUUCAAUCAGCAAUAGAAAAAAGAACAAAACCUACAAGGUUAAAGUCAUUUUACAAUGUCAGUGCUGCCAGUGCAUUUUUUUCGGCACUGAAAUAGAAUGUACGCCUUGGAAAAAAAUGUCAAAGUGUAAUUCAUCUCAAGAUUUGAAGCUACAUAAUGCUUUAAUAGAAGGUGUUACCGUAAUCGUAGCUAAGUGUAACAAUGAAAGUUACAACAAUUAACAGAAAAUAAGGGGUUAAUCACAAGAGUCUCUCUGGCUCUUUCCUGUACAUUGAAUGUAUUAAGGAAAAGAUUAUAUUGAAUAUGAACCUGUCUUCUUAAUUCCUGCGAAUCCAGAUCCAAAUGUAACUGCAGUGUGGAAUUAUUAAUUAAAAGCACAGUGGACUUUUCUUCAUGUUAUAUCAGUUCCCAGUAACAAAAUACAACAUUUGAUUGAUCAAUGAUAUCAACAUGCUUUUUGUUUACAGACACUGUCUAUAUAUCCAUGAUGUCCAGAUAGCUGACCCAAAGUCUUAGGCACCUUAGAACAGGAGGAAUUGUUGGGCAGUGACAAUAAACACAUUCAUGUCCCAUUUUCACUGAUAAUAAAACUGUUCUUCAUUCACACACUGAUACCGCUGACAAAAACGAAAAUAAUAUAAUACGAUGCAGCUAUGUAAGCUUACUUUUAUAAGAAAUUGUACCAGUAUGCUUUAGAAAGAACACGAAGAGACUCUUGUAUGAAAUAGUACCUCAGCUAGGAGAGGUUAUUUUCAAUUCCACAGGCCCAUUGCAUUAUUACAGUGAGCCACUAUUAUGUGCUGACUUACUGCAUAUAAAAGGUUUCUUCUUCUUUUAGUUUUUAUUCCUUAUUGUUACUUUACUAUAAUUGGGUGUCUUUUCCCAGGACUAUGUUUGCAGAGAUUCCUAGUGCACGCAACCCACUUAAGUUCUCUUAUCUGCUGCUAUGUUGCAGAAAACUUUUGUGCCUUUGUGCUGACAAAACAUAUUUUACAAUUUUAAAAAGGUUAUCUUAGGGGUCACUUACGAAUGCACGUAGCAGUGUGGUUGCUGCUAAAUGGAUACAUGGAUGGAGAGUAGAUCUUGAAGCUAUUGCCUUUUCACAUGAUUGCCAAAGUGUCCAUUACUCUUUUUCUGAUAAAUAAUGUCAAUAGUUGCUUCUGUACCUAUUUCGCAAGGGAACACUGGAGCUGAUACCACCUUGAACAUGAUGGUAAUUCCAGAAUUUUCAUAGUGGGCUGAAGCAACCCUCAUUCAGAACAUAGUAAAUGCAACUUAUACCCAAUUUGUGUCAAGUGGAAGCAACAUGGACUGCAACAUGAGCAUGCAACAUAGCAUUAUGGGUAAAAAAACUUGGCAUUUUGUUCACUGCACUUGCAUUCAUAAAUUACCCCAACUGUCUCAUGACAUUUUCUCAAAACUGUUAUGUUGUAGAGCAUUCCCAACUAAUUAAAAUAAGACAUCUGCAAUACCUUCAAAAGUCUCUAUUCAAAGGUUAUCGCAGUAAAAAUAAAGUAUUUAUUCCAUAUUUAUAUGUAUAUUUUUUUAUUUUUCAUAAAACAGGUAUGCUAUAAAUUUAAGAGAAGUAUUACCAAGAGUCUUGUCUUUGGUGCUUUCACCUUUUCACCAUGGGUAUUUUUUUUUAUAUUUUGCGGUUGCAUUCUGUUGCUCUUUGUGGUCACCCUGUUCAUUAUCAGAUCAUGUAAUAUCCUGUGGCACCCUGGUAUUUGCUAUAGCUGAUGCAAUUAAGAAGAAAUGCAAUCAUGUUUACAUAAAAUUAUUCACAUUUAAUUUACUUCCUAAUAUCAGUGUACAUCAGGGGAGUCUACACUGAAAAUAAGCUUCAAAUCACAUUUUCUUAAUUAAUA